UUUUUUUUCAAUAUAAUACAUUUUGUUUGUAACGAAACGUACAUACCAAACGUCAAACUUCAUUAUUUGCAGUUUUCUGUGUAUCUACUUAUUUUUGUGAAAAAAAUGGAAGAAAUCGGCAUUAUUUUACCUGAAAAGGAUGAUCAAGUCACUGAUGCCAAAGGUCUUCCAUUUGCGGGUCCCCAAACUUUCGAUGAGCUGGAAUCUGAGGAUUUAUACACAAAAUAUAAGAAACUCCAACGUAUGCUGGAGUUCUUAGAAGUACAGGAAGAGUACAUAAAAGAUGAGCAAAGGAAUCUCAAAAAAGAAUACCUACAUGCUCAAGAGGAAGUGAAACGCAUACAGUCUGUACCACUUGUCAUUGGCCAGUUCCUUGAAGCUGUAGACCAAAAUACUGGCAUAGUGGGCAGCACAACUGGAUCUAACUACUAUGUGAGGAUUCUGUCAACAAUUGACAGAGAGCUACUUAAACCCUCAGCAUCUGUGGCACUACACAAACAUUCAAAUGCUCUAGUGGAUGUCCUGCCACCAGAAGCUGAUAGCUCUAUUUCUAUGUUACAAGCUGAUGAAAAGCCUGAUGUCCAGUAUUCGGAUAUUGGUGGCAUGGACACACAGAAACAAGAGAUACGAGAGGCUGUAGAGCUGCCUCUCACUCAUGUGGAGCUGUACAGGCAGAUUGGUAUUGAGCCACCACGUGGUGUACUCAUGUACGGCCCACCUGGUUGUGGCAAGACCAUGUUGGCUAAAGCCGUUGCUCAUCACACUACAGCGGCGUUCAUCCGUGUCGUGGGAUCGGAAUUCGUCCAAAAGUACUUGGGUGAAGGCCCUCGUAUGGUUCGAGAUGUGUUCCGUCUCGCAAAGGAAAACAGUCCAGCUAUUAUCUUCAUUGAUGAAAUUGACGCUAUCGCUACUAAAAGAUUUGAUGCCCAAACUGGUGCUGACAGAGAGGUGCAAAGAAUCUUAUUAGAGUUGCUUAACCAGAUGGAUGGCUUUGAUCAAACAACCAAUGUUAAAGUAAUUAUGGCCACAAAUCGUGCUGAUACCUUAGAUCCCGCUCUACUUAGACCUGGACGUUUGGAUAGGAAAAUUGAGUUCCCUCUACCUGACAGACGUCAAAAGCGAUUGAUCUUCUCAACUAUAACAGCAAAAAUGAAUCUGUCUGAAGAAGUAGACUUAGAGGAGUUUGUAGCGCGGCCCGACCGUGUCUCCGGGGCUGAUAUCAACGCCAUCUGCCAAGAGGCCGGCAUGCACGCAGUCCGUGAGAAUAGAUAUAUCGUCUUGCCUAAAGACUUCGAAAAGGGCUACAAAAAUAAUAUCAAGAAGGAUGAAAGUGAAUAUGAAUUCUACAAGUAAAUUUCUAGUGUAUUUAAGAUGUUUUAAUGUGUAUUAAUUGGUAAUUAAAACUCUUUGUCGUAAUCUUA